GUCCAACUCCUGUGUACUGGAUGCCCGUACCCCUCUCAACUGUCCCGCCUUAUAAGGUCAACUCCUUGUGCAUUGGGGAGUGUGAGGGCGACAUACCUUUAGCUAGUGAUAUGCCUUUCAGCGGUGAAUCGAGCUCAGAGUGAAGGCCCGAGAAGCAGGUCAAAGUCCAUCUUGGCGUUGACGUUCUUCGUCCACGAUCAACCCCAAUUCCACCGCCUUUUGGGCUGCAGAAACAUCAGCGACCUCAUUGCAAACGACACAUCAUUGCACUAUGGCUCUAUUCGCACGGAAUGUCCUGCUAUGUCUUCUGCUGGGCUUGAUAUUGUUCACCCUCCAAGCCCACGCAUUUGGUGCUGGCAAUAUUGCCUCUAUAUCUGCUGUAGAGGGCAAGAACUGGCGCCAUGGCGAUAUUGAAGACGUAUUGAAGACCGUAGCAUGCAUCCGUCAUCACAAAUGGAAUUCGAUGAUGAUCAAGCGUGUCUACUUUGGGAAUUGGCUUCGGGACUACUCUCAAGCUAUGGAUACCGGAGCUUUGAAGAAAGCGCAGCCGGAGACCAUUCGCAUCUUGGUCUGGCUGUUAUCGUUCCUCGGGUUCGGUUAUGCUACGGCAGAGUUCGAGGUCACUUCGGAGCGCUUGGGGGUAUAUCGACCUGAAGAGCACAUCGACAACCCCAAAGAUUACAAUGACAACGAGGACGCUCGAAAGUACGAUGUCCGCCUCCGGGCCCCUGUUCGGGACAUUGAACUACAAAUCGAUAUGGAGACUGGUAUGAAGAACUAUAUUGCCAAUGGGAAAGGUGACUGGGCUACCAGUGCGGCUUUCGUCAAGUACAGCUUUGAACGCAGUAUCCACCACGGUCGUCUGUAUACCAAUGGCCACGGAUUCUUCAAAGGGAAAGAUGAAGAUCUCGCUGAGGCUCUGAGAUGCCUCGGACAAGGCUUGCACACACUGGAAGAUUUUGGUGCCCACACAAACUACGUUGAACUUGUACUGCGAGAGAUGGGCUUCCACAAUGUGUUCCCGCAUGUUGGGACCGCCACCGCCAUAAAUCUGCGUGGAAAGCACGUUUUCCCCCUUGUCACGGGCACUUUCGGAAUGGUUGAUUUCUAUCACUCGGUCCUCGGAGAGGCAACCGACCAUUUCACCCAGAGUGAAGUCAACGAGAUGGACAACGCUCUCGGCACUGCUCAGCAAGCGGCGCAGUCCUCUAAUCCCUUGAUGACUUUGGUCAAGCUUCUCUCCAAGGUCCCAGGGACCAAAGGUCUCUGCGAUGAGGCCGAACAGCUUCAAGCAAGCUCUCAAGCUCAAGCACGUGCCAAUCAACAAGAAGGGUAUGGGGCGCAGGGGGGAUACCGUGGAGUAGAGAACUAUGGAGAGACUUCAAGGGGAGUGGACGACUGGGAGAGUAGCCGGGCAUCUCACCCAAGCUAUUCAUCGCAGCCUCAGGCGUUUGAUGCAAAUGCUUGGAACCAACAGUCUCAAUCCGGCUAUCAGCAGCAUUGGGAUCAGAAUCCGCCUCAAUACCAACAGCAACCGCAGUGGCACGAUCAAGGCGUGUCGCAGGGUUUCAACAAUCCACCACCUGCUCAGCAUCAGCCUCAGUGGCACGAGCAAGGGAUGACCCAGAAUUAUAGCACACAUGACCAAUACGGCGGUGGACAUCAGGGUUGGCAACAGCCAUCGCAGGAGUCAUGGCAACAGCAACCACAGCAUCCGGAUCCUCAUACUUCACAGCCUAUGCAGUCAGCUACUCCAGCACAAGUGCCGCCGCAAAUAUCACAAUCUGGUGCGCCCUCUUCAAGCGCUCUCGAAGGGCUGCCAAACUUUGAUCCUUCCAAGACGAUCGCUCAGAUCUAUCCCAUCCUUGCAUUUCGCGACAAAGUUGUUCGGACAAUCAGUGGGAUCAUUGAAAAGAUUCCGGGUCUAGAAGCGCUUGUCGACCGUAUCACCGAGACUUUGACAGUGUUUAUCCUCUCUCUUUUGGCACCUUUUGUACGACCAAUUCUUAACGCAAUCUCGAAAGCACUGCAGACGGGAAGUGAGGGCGUCCUGACUUCAUCCGCAAAGCAUCAAUACGAGGUCUGGACGGAUCCACACUCUACGGAUCCCACACAUUCGAUGCUAAGCAAGGACCACUUCAGCAACUUGCUGAACGAACCUGCCGGUAAUGUGGCGGCCGAGAUUCUCAAAUUCGUCGCUCCGCGAGUUCUAUAUGCUUGGGAACACCCCGACGUCCCAGUGCAACAGGUCAUGCACGACGUCGAGAGUAUAUUCCAUCAUCCCGCCGUCAGAAACGAAGGGCUCGAAGUCCAUCGGAAUAUGUUCGCUGCAGUAAAGAGAUGGGUGGACGGCUUGCCUGACAGGGGACACAGCCUCGAGACGGUGUUGAGUUCAGACGGUGUGCGAGCAGGCAAAAAUCACAAAGGCGGCGUCAAUGAGCACAUUCAACAUUCUGCUCCAAGCACAAGCGGGGCGCAUCAGACAAGUUCUGGCCCACUCGGAGGACUUGCAAGCUUCAUUCCGGGCCAACAGCACCAUGGCAGUGGCGGAGGCAACCAGUCGUCGUCUAACUCAGGCGCAUUUGGUGGAUUGGCGAACCUCAUCCCUGGAGGACACCAGAGUGGCGGCCACGGGAGCAAUCCUCUCGGUAUGGUAGGUGAUGUGCUCGGAAACUUCACGGGCCAUAAACCAGCGCAGCAACACCACGGGGGAGGUGGUGGUCUGGGCAAUAUGCUGAGCAUGGCCGAUAAGCUGCCUAUACCCGGCGUACACGGUGUGGCCGGCUCGUUCAACAAAUACACGAAAUUUAUGGGCGGCUUCCCUGGAAGUGGGGCACGCGGUCUAGACGAACAGGAUGUCGGAACAAGUGGUAGUGAACUGGGGGGAUCAAAAGAGCUGCACGAAGCUGCGUUGCUGGGAGACCGGUCGGCCACGGAUAACAGGUCGCCCAGUCCCAUGCCUAUGCAGCCACCUCCUGGAUAUGAGCAAUAUGGUCGACAAGACGCCGGUAGUUAUGGAUAUGGCCAAGAAGGACAAGACUAUCAAUACCAGACUGCCUAUCAGGACCCGUACCAGAGCCAUGGUCAGUAUGCCGGUGGCGGUGAGAGCGCGGGCUAUUAUGGAGGACGUUGACGAAAUGAUGCGGUCUGGAAGCCAUGAAUGAAACGUGUAGGCAGUGAGCUGUCUUGCGAGUGACACUCAUCUCUCAAGAACAGUGUCCGAGUUAUAGAUUAUCAAUGAAUUUGUUGAUGACGCUCAGGAGAAGUAACGCCGCGAGGGUCACAACUUGUCAAAUCUGC